AUGGAAUCCAGAACCAUGGCCAAAACUUCCAAAUUACAUGUAGUGAUGUUCCCAUGGCUGGGUUUUGGGCAUAUAAUUCCGUUCUUUGAGCUCUCCAAAUUCAUAGCUCACAGAGGUCACAAAAUCUCAUUUGUUUCUACUCCAAGAAAUAUAGAUCGCCUCCCAAAAAUCCCUCCUCAUUUAAUUUCUUCCAUAACCCUAUUUAAGAUUCCAUUACCUAAAGUUGAAGGGCUCCCUGAAUCUGCAGAAGCAACCAUGGACAUAAAAAAUGAAUAUAUACCUCAUUUGAAGAAAGCAUUUGAUGGAAGGGAAGCUGAGUUGACUUGUUUCUUGGAAAAUUCACUACCAGACUGGAUUCUCUAUGAUUUUGCUCCAUACUGGUUGCCUCCAGUUGCAGCAAGACUUGGAAUUUCUCGUGCCUAUUUCAGGAUCAUAAACGCUUGGUUUUUAGCUUUCUUUGGACCAUCAGAGACCAUGAUUAACGGUUCUGAUGAAAGGAAAAAAGCAGAAGAUUUCAUGAUUCCACCAAAGUGGAUUCGAUUUGAGACAAAAUUGUCUUAUCGAAGAUACGAAGCAAACUGGCUUGUCAGAGCAACUCAGACGAAUGACUCAGGAUUUUCUGAUUCUUAUCGAGGUGGUAAGGUAAUUGAUGGUUCCGAGGUUAUUUUCAUAAGACACUGCAACGAGUUUGAAUCCAUUUGGUUGAAAUUACUCGAAGAGAUUCACAAAAGGCCAGUGAUUCCUGUAGGUUUAAUGCCACCCCAGGUAAAAGAAGAUAACAGUCAAUCGUGGGUUUCAAUCAAAGCGUGGCUUGAUGAUCAAAAUGAACUUUCAGUUGUUUACGUUGCAUUAGGGAGUGAGGUAUCACCGAGUCAAGAUCAACUCCAUGAGUUAGCUCUUGGAUUGGAAUUAUCUGGGGUACCCUUCUUUUGGGCGUUGAGGAAGCCAUCGGGGUUUGGCGAAUCCUACGAGGUGGUCUUGCCAGACGGGUUCGAGGAGAGAGUUAAGGAUCGGGGUAUGGUAUGGAAGAGUUGGGCACCUCAGUUGAAGAUACUGACCAUGACUCGGUGGGUAGAUCAGGGUCUGAAUGCUAGAAUCGUUGCUGACAAGCAGUUCGGGAUAGAAAUCCCGAGAAAUGAUGAAGAUGGAUCAUUUACAAGGAACUCGGUUUCAGACUCGAUAAAGUUGGUAAUGAUCAACUUCGAGGGAAAGAAAUUCCGAAAUAAAGCGAAAGAAAUGAGUGGAAUAUUUGGAGAUAAAAAGUUACAUGACCGUUACAUAGAUAAUUUCAUUAAUUUUCUCGAAAAUCAUAGAAUCAUAUCAAGUGCUACUGAAAGUGAAUAA